UGACUUAGCGCUAAGCAUUACGCAGCCGGAUUGUUCCUCCGCCUUAACAUCAGGCGUGCCUAUUUGCUCUAAGACGUGUGUACUUCGCGUUCAGGCCAGGUAAACAUUCUGAAAGGAAGCAGUCUGUUUGCUAAGUAUGUCCCACAUUGUGUGCAGAACUAGAACAGGCUGCAUCACUUGCAGGAUACGGAGGGUGAAGUGCGACGAACGUAAGCCAGCAUGCAUGCGGUGCACCACAACAGGUAGAACAUGCGACGGUUACCCGUCAAACUUUCGCGUCGUCGCCAGUGCCCAAACUACUAUUCCUUCCGAGGUGACUUUGAGAGAGCCGCCCAAUCCGUCUCCUUGGCCGCUGCUACUGGGCCGAUUACCCAGCCCAGAGCAAGUGCGGUAUCUCGCCAGACACUUCACCAUCAAACCGGUUCCUGAAAUGGGCAUGAGUUACGAAACAGGCAUGAGCUAUGAGUCUGAGGCUCGGGCGACUCUCUGCGCGACGUCAGAGCCUGCUGUUCGUCAUGCCUUGACGUCUUUGAGUACUUUACGCAGGGCCUUUGAGCAGUGUAUUGGUCACGUGUACAAAAUCCCUACGGGCGGUCUGGACGUGCAAGAUGGCUUGAAAGAAUACAAUCGCGCAAUCAGAAGCCUUGCCAUGCGCAUUUCCAAUCAUGAUGCCUACGCUAUCCAGUACUCGUUACUCUGCUGCCAGAUGUUCAUCAGCAUUGAGCUGGGUUUGGACGACUUCAAUUCGGCUACCCAGCACUUAAUUCGUGGUCUUUGCAUCAUGUAUCAAGGGCGCGGUCGCCCGUAUAUUGGUGCGGGCGGCAAACUCUUGGCGGCACGAUGUACCGGAAUUUCGAACGUUGAUGUGUUCGCCAUCAAACUAUUCUUGACUCCUUGCCCGGGCGGACUGACCAAGGAUUUUCUGGACUCGGAUGCAGGACAGCCAAGUUCUGUGAUGCUUUUGACAGAGCGAUCCACUCUUGUGAAUGCGAAUAUACAACUUGCUGCCAUUGCUAGAUCCAUCCUGAGUUUCCUGGAGGGAGUUUCGCAGUUAUGUUCGAUUAGCGAAGUCGCAUUUCUAGUCAGAGACAGGCAUAUUAUUCUCGAGAAGCUCCGAGCUUGGAAAGACGAUUUCGCAGCCAUUCAACAGUCAAGAGUAUGCCAACUUACUCCUGAAACCCGCCUUGGUGCUGCAUUCAGCAUAUUCUUUUGUGCAGUGCUUCGGGCUGUCGCCAUGCUGGCUCUUCGACCCCCUGGAGUCGAGGUCACAGUCACUGAAUCAGUCUUUGACGAGAUGCAAGGGGCGGCCCGAAGUGUACAACAAUUGAAGAGGGCGGUGAACAUGACUAAGCAGUGCUUGGUGGAUUGCACCAUCGAUUAAGUGUUAACGUCCGGAUGGACAUGAUGAAAGAGCUAGUUGUACUGCUUGGCUUCUCAUGAGUCAUGCGCAUCCACGCAUGAAGGCCCAGCGCAAAGAGACAAAAAUGCC